AUGUACGCACAUCUAUCGCGCGUCAGUUCUCGGCCACGUUCAACGAAAAACGACAGCAAGGAAUAUGGACUGUGGCGCUAUUCUACUAAUAAGCUACCGGACGUCAUGUUAGCGAAGGCCGUAUCUUACCAAUCUUACCCAACCGGCAUAUUGCAUCGCUCUACCGAUAUCGGUCAGAAGGAACAAACACUUAACUGUGGAAAUGCGAACUCCCGGAAAGCCGACGCUAUGAAGAGUACAUCUACACGUCAACUUCGAAGUCCAGCACAGGCAGCACGAUCAAAAGACAACUACUACCGCUUUCGCAGCAAACACAGCGUGCUGCUUUUUUCAAUACGAGCUGCAGAAAGGAUCGAGAUUGUGAGGCAAGAACCAGAUUGCUGCUUCACUGCUUGUCCAGAGCCAUCUGCAGCAAAGACUGCCAAUCCAGAAUUGGGCUCAAUUAUGCGCUUUAAACGACGCAAGUCACAUUGUCGCUCUGCUUCUUUAGAAGCUUCCUCCAGCGUCAUCCCUACGAUCAGCCGCUUACGCAUAAAUUACGAAGAAACGAUAAAAGAGAUGCAUCUCAAUCGAGCCUCGAGGAAAUCAGUCUCAAUCUCCAACGACUCCUCUCAUGCGCAAGACCACUUGCGGACCAUUCCCUCUGAAAGAAAGUCAGCAAUAGCGGAACCAGGUAUUCAAAACCCUUCAUCGUUUGCUCCACUACCUAAGUCAAGCUCGAAAAUCUCGCUGAAUGCUGUAACAGAAUCGUGGCUUUUCAACCCAGCGAUCGAAUCAGGGAAGAACGUUCACUGGCUCUAUCUCGAUUACGCGCACUCAGUCCGUACAUCACAACGGGAUCUUGAAUCAACGUCUCCACUGCAACCGCUAAACGGCACAACGAUAUAG